GAGGCUCCUGGGAAAGGAGGGGCGGGAUGGCGCACGCGCGUAGAGGCUUCGGCCGCUAGCCGAGCGUAAACAAGGCGCCGCGGAAAGGGAUGAGGAGGCGGCCGGAGAAGAUGGGCCGGGCCGGGCGCCUCCGAGGCUGACCCUCCCGUCCUUCUCGCGCUGCGCCGGCGGGGGACGCGGAACGAGGCCGCCAUGAACUUAGCCAGCCAGAGCGGCGAGGCCGGCCCCGGCCAACUGCUCUUCGCCAACUUCAACCAGGACAACACAUCCUUAGCUGUUGGCAACAAGUCGGGCUACAAAUUCUUCUCCCUUUCUUCUGUGGAUAAGCUGGAGCAGAUCUAUGAAUGCACUGACACAGAAGACGUAUGCAUUGUGGAACGGCUCUUUUCCAGCAGCUUGGUCGCCAUUGUGAGCCUCAGAGCACCCCGCAAGCUGAAAGUCUGCCACUUCAAGAAAGGGACCGAGAUCUGCAACUACAGCUAUUCUAACACCAUCUUGGCUGUCAAGCUGAACAGGCAGAGAUUGAUCGUAUGCCUAGAAGAGUCUCUGUACAUACAUAAUAUACGGGAUAUGAAGGUGCUGCACACCAUCAGGGAGACACCACCCAACCCUGCGGGCUUGUGUGCACUGGCCAUCAACAACGAUAACUGUUACCUGGCCUACCCAGGGAGUGCGACCAUUGGGGAGGUGCAAGUCUUUGACACCAUCAACCUGAGAGCUACGAACAUGAUCCCCGCUCACGACAGUCCCUUGGCCGCCCUGGCUUUCGACGCAAGUGGUACAAAACUAGCCACCGCCUCAGAAAAGGGUACGGUGAUUCGGGUAUUUUCCAUUCCAGAGGGGCAGAAGCUCUUCGAAUUCCGGAGGGGCAUGAAGAGGUGUGUCAGCAUCUCUUCCUUGGCCUUUAGCAUGGAUGGCAUGUUCCUGUCUGCUUCCAGUAACACAGAGACCGUGCAUAUUUUCAAACUGGAGACUGUGAAAGAGAAACCUCAAGAGGAACCCACAACCUGGACGGGAUAUUUUGUGGAGACCAUUCGGACUUUCCCAAACUACCUUCCUGCCCAGGUGACCGAAAUGUUCAACCAAGGCCGAGCCUUUGCGACUGUCCGCCUCCCCUUCUGCGGGCACAGAAACAUCUGCACAUUGGCCACAAUUCAGAAAAUUCCCCGACUGUUGGUAGCAGCUGCCGAUGGGUACCUCUAUAUGUACAAUUUGGACCCGCAGGAAGGGGGUGAAUGCACACUGAUGAAACAGCACAAGUUGGAUGGCAGCAUGGAGCCAGCCAACGAAAUCCUAGAAUCCGCCUCCCAUGACAGGCCAUUAGUAGCACAGACUUACAGUGCCGCUGUGACUAAAGGCGCUGCUUAUCUGCCUUCUUCACCUACCAGACACGUCUACAACGAGGAUCUGGGGGCAGUCGGUGGCGUUUGCCUGGAAGAUGACAUCAGCGCUCUGCGACUAGACGAGGACAGCGAACACCCUCCGAUGAUCCUUCAGACUGAUUGAACUUCAACCUGUGAACUUCACUCCUGAAGCUGAGAACACUGGCCUGCUACUUCUGGAAGACUUGGAUCAACGCUGCUGUGGACUUUGGCCUGCACCAAGUGUGAUAAUUGAAGAAGACAGACUCUCUAAAUUAGUUUCAAAGCAGAACAUACAUACACACCUGCACGCACGCACGCACGCACACACACACCAUUACAGCUGUAGUGCCGAUUCCAUGCCACGUGGGGUGGGAACAUAUCUGGAUUUCACUUUGGUGGCUUUUACAUCCCGCUCUUUCAGCCAUCAGAAAAUAACCCGUAUAUUUUUUGUUGUUGUUGCCAAAACCGGCUAUUUAUUCAGCACCUUCUAGCUUUGCAUGCCUUCUUGUGCCAAGCGAAUGUAGGCGAGCAGAUUAAUUUUGUAACAGGUUUUUCUAAAGAAACGAAUUUGUGAACCUCACACUGGGCAUUGGAGAGGGGAAAGACGAGCAGCGAUGUUGGGUUCAGAUGCUUUCGCUGCUUCUACCUGGACAAAAAAAAAAUCCAAGUGGCUUUUGUUGCACGGCUUACAGGCCUGCCUGGUGAAUUUGACACACUACUUUUACUAAAGAUCAGGUGUUCCUCUUGGGGUCUUUCCCACCUCUCCUUCAUGAUCCAUUUCCCCUGCUUCUUUUCUCUGGUUUGUAUCAUUUUGCUUUCUCCUCAGCUCCUCAGACCAUUUUUGGUAAUUAAAACUCCUCCUGAUUCUGCCUUGUA